UCAAAUCAAGCCCAAAGUCCCUGUAUCACAUGAUGAUGUACUACUCUAGCACCACAUAUAAAUGCUGGCAAUUCUUACCCCAAGCUCUCAGGGAAGGAAAAAGCCAGUAUGAAAGAGCUUUUGGAGUCUCUUCAAAGGACUUGUUCGAAGCUAUUUACAGGUCAGAAGAGGAGAUGUUGACUUUCAUGCAUCAUAUGGACUCCAUAUGGAAAUUAUAUGGGAUGGAUGUGAUACAUGCGUUUGACCUUUCUGAGUUCCAUACUGUCUGUGAUGUUGGAGGAUGUUCGGGAGCUUUUGCAAAAAUGUUUCUAUCUACAUAUCAAGGGUCUACAGUCACUAUAAUGGACCUACCAAGAGUGGUGCAAACAGCUAAAAAACAAUUCAUUACUGAUAGCGAUCCACGCAUUUCUUUCCUUGAAGGGGAUUUCUUUAACGAUCCCAUACCGGAGGCAGACUUAUUUAUCUUGGCCAAGAUUAUCCAUGACUGGGCAGAAGAGAAAUGCCUGCAGCUACUGAAAAAGAUUUACCUGUCCUGCAGACCUGGAGGUGCAGUUCUGCUAAUUGAAGUCCUCUUAAAUGAAGACAGAAGUGGCCCUUCGAUUUCCCAGCUGCUCUCAUUGAACAUGCUGUUACAGACAGAAGGCAAAGAGAGGACGCCAUCUGAGUAUAGCAAGCUCCUUACAGACUCUGGCUUCAGGGAUAUUCAAUUCCGAACAACUGGAAAGACUUAUGAUGCCAUACUGGGAAGAAAAUAA